AAAAAAUUGUCUAUGGACGUUUUGGUGCACUGUUGUGUUUUGUAUUGAUUUUGUUAAAAAUUUAUUAAUUUAGAGUGAUCUGUAUAUAUCAUCGCUUUUUAUUAUAAGGAAACAAUACAGCCCGUCUAAAUAAACGCUAAAUAAUAUUUAUUCUACGUACUAUGCAAUACAAUAGUAAAGUAAUUCAGUGCUGGUGUAUUACAUAUUACACCAUUAUUAUUCAUUGAAUCAUUAUUAUAAUAAUAAUAUAGCCAGGCCAGUGAUUAAGGCAUAAGCUAUAUCCACCAUAGAUUGGUAUACAGAUGCUGUACCAUCAAUAUUUUCUUGGAAUGAAAAUAUAAAAAUUAAUAAAAUGGACUCUGAAAAAAACGCAAAUGCUGAAAAACAACCUUUAAAUAUUUUGUCAAGCAGCAAAUCAUCACAAGAAGAGAAUAUUGACUCAAUAAAUGAAAAUAUUGACAACCAAGAAAAAGAUAUUCAAAAUAAAAACAGCAGAGAUGUAGAAAUGAAUGACAUAACUAUGACAGAAGUAAAUGAAAAAGAGAAAUUAGAAAAACCAGAAAGUUCAGAAAUAGAACAUUCAGAAAAACAAGAUGAUAUGCAUAAACAUAUUGAACAAACUGUAAAUAUAAAUAAAAGUGUUAUGGAUAUGAUACACUCUGAAUCUGAGACCCAGAUUGAUUUAAAGAAUGAUGUUGUUAAACCCAUUCCAGCAAGUUCUAAACAUCAUUUAAGCCCUAAAGGUAACAGUGUGGCAUUGUCUGUGGGCUCCAAGGUGAGUGCCAAGGAUUUUGCCGAGUUGUGGUACCCUGCGGAAAUAGUGGAAGUUGACUAUGAUGAGAUGGAAGUAUUGGUGCAUUACGAGAAUGUGCCCAACAAACUUGACGAAUGGAUAUGUAUAAGUAGUCCCAGACUUAGGCCAAUGACUAAAGCUACAUCAGGAAGUACACCCGGUACUGCAGUGACGCCCUCCCCUGUCCCGCUAGAAACAGAGAUAAAAGAGGAGAGUAAAGAAGAGAAGCCAAAACUACAGUUUAUAGUAGGAGAGAGAUGUUUGGCCCGAUGGAGGGAUAAUCGUAGAUUUAUUGCAACUAUUGCCAAUGAUUUUGAAAAUGGCAUAUACGAGAUUGUUUUCGACGACGGCUUCCACUGGAAGUGCAAAGCGUCGCGAUUGUAUAAACUAAAAGACUCCGAAAAGCAUUCCGACAGUUUGACGGUCGACACCUCAAUGUCCCCGAAAGUCUCGACUCCUUCCCCGGUCCAACCCAAGGCUGGACCGAGCGAUGCCCCUAACCCAUUGAAUCCCACCCCUGUAUUCCACAAGCACCUAUUUGAUCCCACCCGUGAUUAUUUAGGUUCUAAGUCCGAACGCCGCGAAAUGAAACGAAAGCUUAACAUCAAGGAAAUAUUUAAUAUCGGUCAAAAGAAAAGGAAGAAAGAGGUGCCACCCAAGGAGAAAGUUCCUCGCGUCGUUAAAGAAAAGAAACCGAGAGUACUUCUGCGAAAAAUAAAAGUUGAAGAAACGGAUGUGAAGACGGAAAAAGCAGAGGUCAAAGUUGAACCUAAAAAUGAAAUUCCUGAUGCAAUAGCUUCAAUAAUCGGUACUGUUGCUAAAAAAGAAUUAGAAACACCUGCGGCUCCCAAAGUAGAGAUGGAUGUAGACACGCAAGAGUUUUACGAAAAUGUAAAGGAUAAAGUUGAGAUUAAAACAGAGUCAACAGAAGUACAAGAGGGAAGUGAUAAGAUAACGUUAGACGAUUUGGUAGACAACAGUUCGACAGUGAGCGCAGAUAUUGAAUUCCCCAAUGAGUUAGACAUGGAACCUGACAUGGAAGAGGAACAGGAAUUGGAGAACUUUGAAAAACCGGACGAAAGCAAACAAGUGGUCAUAGAGAAAAUGAAGGAAGUCAUCAAUAAACUAGAAAGUAAGCUCAAUACCGUUGAUGAAACUCCUCAGAAAAGUGUUGAUUCACCGAAACCAGAACCAAUAACUGAUUCACCUAUAGAGAUUGUAGAAGUGAAUCCCGCGGCAAGCGAAGUUGAUAAAGUUGAUACAGUGGAACCGCCCAAGAAAAAGUUGUCCAAGAUGAAGAAAAGUAAGAAAUUGAGGCUUUUACAAGAGAAAAAGGUAAAGAAGCAAGUGGAAAAAGUAAAGAGCGAACUGGAGGAGAUGAAACGCCAAGUGGAGGAGAUGAGGAAGCAAAUGCUGAUAAAGACAGAGCAGCAGUCGUUGGGGCGGCCGGCGGAGAUGCCCGAGAGCUUCCUGCUGCCCGGCGAGUGGUGCUGCAAGUGGGUCAACGGCCAGCCGGUCGGCACUGUCAGCGAGAUCGAGGACGACCCCAAGAUGGACGCCAGUUACAAGAUGGCGCUGCCGCGGCGCAGUGUGCAGGUUGAAGACAAGAGGUUGCCUGCAGGUUGGACAAAACACAUGAUCCGGCGAAGGUUAGGUCAAUCGGCCGGAAAAUGGGACGUCGUUUUAGUGAGUCCGACAAACCACCGAUUCCACACUAAAAACGACAUGCGCAACUAUCUAGAACAGAACCAGAGUGAGGCACUGAGAGCCUACGAGCACGCACUGUUAGACUUCGGCGUGCACCUCAAGCUGUCGCGCCGCAUGGGGUGGUGCACCACCACGAGCGACGGGAACUCUGACACGGGGGUCGUGAACACCAUGUCUCCGUUGGCCAAAACGAAGAAGUUCCGUAUCAACAGGAAAGAGGACAGGAAGGAGAAGAAAAAGAAGAGGAAGAAGCAAAUCGCUGCGUUUCGCAGACGGAGUUCUUUGUAUGUUACUCCUGGAACAAGUGGGCAAGCAUCUUUUGGCGAAACUGAGACAAAUGCCAUACCCGAGGGAUUUCCUGCCUUAGAAGAUGGAUAUGUAUAUGUUGGUUCUCUGAAAGUUCAGAUACUCGAAAAUUUGUUACGGUGUCCGGCCGAGGGCUGUUUCAAAAACUUCCGCAACAACACGUUGCUGCAAAUGCACAUCAAACAUUACCAUAGAGAAUUGAGGAAGAUGUUGGGAGCUACUCCCAAAGUUCUCGAUCUAGCCAGAAAGAGGUCCAAACCAACGGGUCUUCCAGUGAGGCAGCCAAAUUCCAAGAUAUUGAAAAUAAAAAUUUCUCGACCCCCAAAACGUAUCGAAGAACCUAAACCGAAACCGAAAGUGCCUCCACUCGAAAUAAAAUACGAAGACACUCCUAUACUGCCGAAGAUAAAUCCGCCGAUACCGAGGUCGAUGGAUUCGCCAAAACUUCGCCAAGCUCUAGCGAAUAAACCGGUGAAAAGACCCAAAGUGUUAUUACCGGUCCGACGACCGGAUCCACCUGAAACGGUCCCCGAGAUGAGAGAAGAAGAAGAUUGUCCACCUUUAGUGUACGAAGACGACGUAGUCGACUCUCCCAUGGAAAUACCAGAACCGCAAGACUUCGAAACGGCGAUAUCCACGCACACCGUCACAAAACCUGUGGACGAUAUGCGAAAGAGGUCUGAGAAAAAACGCAAAAACUUUGCGGUAGUUUCCAAGAAGCCUGGCAGCGAAGACGACGAAUGGUACGCGAUGAAUUCCGACUUGGACACGAGGUCCAGCUACCCAGGGUCCGGUACUCCAGAUUCGAAGACAAUGGACAAGGUCAUGAGCCACCAGCAAGCGGUCUCUUCAGAAUCUGCGGAAGACCUGAAAGAUGCUAAUAUGUAUAUGUAUUCGGAAAGUAAGUUUGGCAUAGCCGGGGAACGUAUAAAGUUAGAGCACAUGAAGCGGGAGGAGAUCAUCAACUGCCACUGCGGGUUCCGCGAGGAGGAUGGACUGAUGGUGCAGUGCGAGCUGUGCUUGUGCUGGCAACACGCGCUGUGCCACAACAUACAGAAGGAGUCUGAAGUUCCAGAAAAAUACACAUGCAGCAUAUGCCUGAACCCGAAGCGCGGUCGCCGCUCCAAGCGCUUCCUGCACGACCAGGACCGGCUGUACGAGGGCCUGCUCCCCGGGGCGAAGCCCUGCGAGUCGCUGCGGCGCUCGCACGAGCUGUCGGGCAACUUGUUGAGGAUACAGGACGCCCUGCACGCGCUCAGAGUCAAGUACUACGUCGCCACUAAAAAAGACCAUCCGAAACUCUACCUCUGGGCGAAGGACUGGGAAAAUGCAGAAGUGAACAUGAUACAAGAGAGACUGAACACCGAUUACUCCGACUUGAACAUAAUCAUCAAUAACGUCGGUAAAGAGAAUCUGCCCGUCAAACCGGACGAGCCACACUUGGAUAUGAGAGCACCAGAUGAUUUAGACCACGAGAGAUUCAAUCACAGAGAUUCGGCCAAUACAUUGCUGAAUCUUACCGCAGCGUUGUCCAGCCCCGGUGGAACUUCUCUGGAUUUGCCAAUAACGACGUCGGAGUUGGAGAGAUUGGCAAAGUCUGUACAAGAGCAAGAGGUGCGCAACGUGUCGGCGCCGCAGCCCGAGGCGGCCAUCGAGAACGGCGCGUGUCGCGAGCGGCUGCUGCGACACGUGCAGCGCUGCCAGGCGCUCAUCGACGCCAGGCUCGACUCCAUCGAGGCGCAGGUUGCAGAGUUGGAGUCCCAGGACCCGUCGUUCGAAGACGACGAGACGGCCGACUACUUCCCGCGCACCAAGCAGACCGUGCAGAUGUUGAUGCGCGACCUCGACACCAUGGAGGAGCUCGGCAUCAUCACGUAACAGCGCAACCAUUGUACAUUAUUGUAAAUUUGAGACUUGCUUGUAUUUAAAUACGUGACAGUGCAUCUGAACGGUCGAUUUUAAUUAAUUAAUUUUUUUUCACGAACCCCGCGCAGAUAUAAACUUUCUCCUAAAUAAUAUUGUUAGAAUCUGCAUAAAACUAAAUAAGGUAAGGCUUUAAGUCAAUAUUCAGUCCUUUUUUAUUUAUGAAGAAUAUUUACCAUAACUUUAAAGUUACUUUUUCCCGUGAAAUUAAUUUAAUGUUUUUUCCAUGAUAUGUGAAUCUUUUAUUAAAUAGAAUUUUAGAAAAGAAAAGAAAAGAAAGAAUUUUAGAUUUCUAACGUCACCUGGAAGUUCAAACAUAGUCACAGUUUCAGUCCCAGAGUCUCACAGGAGAAUUCCAUUCUCUCGCCUUGCAGUCCUAGGACUUUGCAGUUUCUAUGCUUGCCAAUACAAUCAAAAAAUAAAUCUGAUGAUCUUUGUAAUAAAAAAAAUUGCAAAAAUGUACUGUUCAGAGGGAUAGAAACAUAUUCAUAGAUAAUAGCAGUCAUAAGUAAAAUAUGGUUUCCUAUAUUAAGACACCGUUUAGAUGCACUGGCACUAGUUAUGUUCAUGUAUUAUGGGUGUUCAUGUACCUAUUUUGUUCCCGUGAAACUGAAUAUAUAUACAUAGUUAUCUGGUAAGUUAUAAAAAUGUAUUUAAGAAUUUUGUGUCAUGAAUUUUUAGCUUACUGUUUGUAGAUAUAUGUAUAGAAUAGGUGUAAGAUUAUAAUUGAAUUAAAGUAUAUAUUAAUCAAAAAUA